AUGGGCGGGUUAGUUUGUAAUUCCACCACAGAAGACCAGACCAUUACCGAGGUCCCCUUGUGGAAUGAUGGCCUCACUUUCCACCACCUCUGUCUUAUGAUCAGCGGGUCUUUUGCCAUCUUCGCUGCGGUGGUUUCGUUUGGAUUGCUCAUGAACCAUGCGACACAUUACUCCAAACCCAUAGAGCAACGACACAUCAUCCGAAUCAUAUGGAUGCUCCCGAUAUACUCCUCCGUAGCAUGGCUGAGCAUCUACUACUACAAAUCCUCCGUCUACUUCAACAUCGUCGGCUACUGCUACGAAGCCUUCGCCAUCUCCGCCUUCUUCACCCUGCUCUGCCAGUACAUCGCGCCUGACCUGCACAGCCAGAAGGAGUACUUCCGGGCCAUCACCCCCAAGAAGUGGAUUUGGCCAUUACCGUGGCUUCAGAAAUGCAGCGGCGGUGAGAAUGGCAUCUGGAGGACUCCUCGGAGUGGGUUGACGUGGUUUAACGUUAUCUGGGUCGGUAUCUUCCAGUACUGUCUCAUGCGGGUCCUGAUGACUAUCAUCGGCGUCAUCACGCAGCAUUUCGGCGUGUAUUGCGAGGAGACGCUGAAUCCUCAAUUCGCUUAUGUUUGGAUCCUCGGCAUCGACUGGAUCGCCGUCUGCGUAGCCAUGUACUGCCUGGUGCAGUUCUACGUGCAAAUCAAAGAGACCAUCAGCUCAUACUCUCCCUUCAUGAAACUUCUCUGCAUCAAACUCGUCAUUUUCCUUUCCUUCUGGCAGUCGAGCAUAAUCAGCCUCCUCUGCGACAUCGGCCUCAUAACCGCCAACUCCAAAAUCCAAUCCCCAGACCUAACCGUCACCCUGCCCAACGUGCUCAUCUGCAUCGAAAUGGCCCUCAUCUCCAUUCUCCACCUCUGGUCCUACCCAUGGGAACCCUACACCAAACCCACCACCUCCCCCGACGACGACGACGACUACAACAUGCCCCCCAAACCCCCCAUGUACCAAGGCGGUCGCUGGGGUCUCCUCGCGCUAGUCGACUGCUUCAACCCGCUGGAUCUGGUUCAAGCCAUCGCGCGCAGUAUUCGCUGGAUGUUUGUCGGGAGGAAGUCGCGCACGCUGGAUCCGAGUUAUUUUGAUGCCGGGGGACGUGGGGGUGCGAGUGGACUUGGACAUGGGGGGAUUGCCUUGCAUGUUACCGAUGUGGAUGGUGAUACGCGGACGCAUAUUCAUGGUGGCGGUGGCGGUGGUGGUGGUGGAUCUGCGACUGGUGUAGGAAAGGGGAGGACCGUGACGGGGAGGUAUGGAUCGAUUGGUGAUGAGGAUGGGCGCGGGGGGUUGCUUUCUCAUGCGGGGAAUAGGGAUUCGGCGGGGUCCGGGGUCGGGAUGGAGAUCCAUGGGCUUCAUGGGCUUCAUGGGCAUGAGGAUGAGGAGAUGGGGAUGGGGACGAGGCCUGCCAUGAGGGAAUUUUUGUAG